AUGGCGAGUGCGAAGGUCAACGGUGAGCUCUGGGACUUGGACCGCCCCUUCGAAGGCGAUGCCAAACUACAAUUGAUCAGUUUCGAUGACGACGAAGGCAAGCAGGUGUUCUGGCACUCGUCUGCACACAUCCUUGGAGAAGGGCUAGAGCGUGUGUAUGGUAGUUGUCUGUGCUAUGGACCCCCUAUCGAGAAUGGGUUCUACUAUGAUAUGUACAGCGAAAAGGAUCCGGUCAAGGAGGAGGAGUACAGCGGCAUGGAGAAGGUGUGCGAGGGUGUAGUCAAGGAGAAGCAGAAGUUUGAGCGCCUGGAGAUGACCAAGGCGGAUUUGCUGGAGAUGUUUGCGUACAACAAAUUCAAGUCAUUAGUCUAA